AUCGUCAGAGCCCCUCCUGCUCUCUGCAGUCGUUCUUCAGCUUCAGGGAAAGGACGUCGCCUAAUGCAGGCUGACCUGCUGAUCUCACUCAGAAUGUCUCUGACUGUUUCUCUGCUGGUUCUGAUCUUCAUCUCUGGAGUUGUUGCUCAGAAUGGGUGGGGUGUGGAUUACAAAGAUCAGUCUAUCUGUGCUCUAAAGGGGUCUACAGUGACCAUGCGCUGCACUUACACAUAUCCAAGUGAUCCUGUAGUCCUAAGAACUUUCUGGACCAAACAGUGGGGUCAAGGUUCAGAGCCUCCUGAUCUGUUAGAAGAUCUAGAGUACAGAGGCAGAGUUCAGUACCUCGGAGAUAAACAACACGACUGCACUCUCAGACUGAGGGAUGUGAGAGAAACUGAUCAAAGUAAAUAUUACUUCAGAUUUCUAACAGACGAACCUGGAGGAAACUAUCAAGGUAGAGGUGGAGUUGAUCUUUCAGUCACAGAUCUCCAGGUGGAGGUUCCUGAGAGAGUGAUAGAGGGAGAUGAAGUCACUCUCACAUGUAAAACCAGCUUCAGUCUGUCUGACAGACCAAAAUUCACCUGGUACAGAAAUGGACAUCCUUUAUCCUCCAAUACUGACCAGCUCCACCUGCAGCCGGUCAGCAGGGAGAAUGCAGACAGUAGUGAUGGAAACCCACCUGUGCAGAACUACAUCUGGUUUAAAGCAACAUCAUUAGUAGCAGAAGGAGAGACUUACACAAUGAAGAAGAUCAGCUCUGUGGACAGUGGAGAAUACAAGUGCAGGUCCAGUAAUGAACAUGGAGAGAAACUCUCUGAAGCUCUAACUCUGAAUGUUUUGUAUGGUCCAAAGAGCGUCUCAGUGUCCAUCAGUCCCUCUGGUGAAAUAGUGGAGGGCAGGUCAGUGAAUCUGACCUGUAGCAGUGAUGCAAACCCACCUGUGCAGAACUACACCUGGUUUAAAGGAACAUCAAUAGUAGCAGAAGGAGAGACUUACACAAUGAAGAAGAUCAGCUCUGUGGACAGUGGAGAAUACAAGUGCAGGUCCAGUAAUGAACAUGGAGAGAAGCUCUCUGAAGCUCUAACUCUGAAUGUUUUGUAUCCUCCAAAGAGUGUCUCAGUGUCCAUCAGUCCCUCUAGUGAAACAGCAGAGGGCAGUUCAGUGACUCUGACCUGCACCAGUGAUGCAAACCCACCUGUGCAGAACUACACCUGGUUUAAAGAAGGUGGAAGCUCACCUGUAGGAUCUGGACACAGUUACAGGGCUCCACAGAGAGGAUCCUACUACUGUAAGGCUCAGAAUGAACACGGAUCUCAGAAAUCAGCUGCAGUGACUGUAAAAGGGGUCUGGAAUUCAGCUCUAUAUGCAGUUAUUGGAGUCACAGCUGGAUGUGGAUGUUUAUCUGUUAUCAUUGCUGUAUUUUGUGUAAGGAGAAAGAAAAAAGGCAAUUCAGCUGAUGAUGCAGACCAGACACAGGAAAAUCUCUACAGUAAUGUGGCCGUAAGACCUGCAACCAGUGACGCAGCACCUGAUCCAGAUCCGUCCAAUCAGGACGAUGUUCAUUAUGCCAGUGUUGGACCACGAAAACUCAGAAACCCCAGGAAUGCCGAGAGCUCUGCAGGGACAGCUUCUGCCUUUGGGGCUGAUGAGGAGGUUCAGUACGCCAGCGUCCAGCACCGCAGUGAUAAAGUAGUACAGAAGACUGAAGUGGACGCUCAGUAUGCGAGUGUGAGGUUUAGUCACACUGGUGCUGCCAACAGGGCUGCUAGAUCCACACUUGAGGACCCCUCAGUGAUCUACUGCAGUGUGAAAUAA